GAGAGAGAGAGAGAGAGAAGCACCAGACCAGCCCCUCCAAAAUGUGCGUCAGUGAAAGUGUUGAGUCCUGGUGCUCCAUCCCGCUCCAUACUUUCCAGUUAGGCUCCAUGAGCACGAACAACUCUCCAACCGCAGACGUCGAUAACACAGCCGUACUUCACCUGGGAAUUGGAAGACCAUACCAAACAAUCAUGUUGGAGAACGAGGCUUUUUCCUGUUUUGUUUUCUAUAGUGUUCUCCUGGUCAUCAAGAUGUACAUCAUAGCAAUCAUCACUGGACAAGUCAGGCUUCGUAAAAAGGCUUUCGCUAACCCAGAGGAUGCGCAGAGACACGGCGGCGUCCAGUACUACAGAGAGGAUCCGGACGUAGAACGGUGCCGAAGAGCUCACCGUAACGACAUGGAGAAUAUCUUCCCUUUCCUGUUCCUGGGGGCUGUGUACUCCCUGAUUGGCCCGUCGCUUGCCGUGGCCCGCGCUCACUUCCUGGUCUUCUUCCUGUUCCGCAUGCUCCAUACAGUGGCCUACCUGUGUGUCCUGCGGGCACCCACACGCUCCCUGGCCUAUGUCGUCGCCCAAGUGCCCUGCGUCUCCAUGGCCGUGCAGGUCCUCGCGGCGGUGGCCUCCUCGUGGUAGUUGUGGUUUUCUGGAUCUAUCUGUGACCGCUUCAAUCUGAGACCUAUCUCAGUCUGUGAGAUCAGCGGUAGAGGAUACUGCAAGAGAUGCUUUUCAUACAAGGGAAAUCCUCAAGACUAUAUCGCUAUCAAUGCUACCAUAGCAGUUUGUGUCUCUCGGCUGUAAGACAGUGUGUACUCUGAAAGUGUGUACUCUGAAAUGAAGUCAGUGUUGUGCUCUAGCAAGCACAUCCUCCUGCAGUACUGUAUGUUUGCUAUGCAAUCUUGAAGUCAAUUGCCUCCCUCUUGAUAGUCCAGGGGACUCUACUCUCUGAAGAUAAAGGUUUUAAUUAGUUAACAUUGAACCUUUUAACCAGUUCAUUGUGUUGUCAUGUUGUUUUUGUAUACACAAGUUGUUGCUUGUUUCUGUCUUUUUUAUUCUCUAUUUCUUGUUAUAAACUGGGUGGUUUGAGCUCUGAAUACUGAUUGGCUGACAGCUGUGUUAUUUUUACUGCUCUAAUUACGUUGGUAACCAGUUUCUAAUAUAAAUAAGGCACCUCAGCCGUGGUAUAUUGGCUCAAUACCACACCCCCUCGGGCCUUAUUGCUUAAUUAUACUUAACCCUGAUUGGCUCCAGGGGUGCUGUACUACAAUGGCUGACCCUGUAAAACAAUACAUUUCACUGCACCUAUUUUAUUCCACUGAGAGCUAUUUUAGUACGGCAUGUCUGGGAUAUAAUGACCUUUUAGCUGAAACCAGCUUGAUCCAGUCUUAGAGGUACAAAUGAAGAGCAGGCAUGUGCCAUUCUAAGGAACUUUUCCAGUGUGGUGGUUCACUGUGUUCGUUUAUCUAGCAUUGGCCACCAUGGCAUCACAUGAUGGGGGAUGAUGACACAGAGACAUCAGGUCUACCACACCUGUCGAUGGGAUACUGAUGAGGCCAAGAGUUUUUCCUGAUCACAGGAUUUGACUACAGCCCAUAGUUUUUCCUGGUCUGGUCCUGGACCUAGAUAGGAGCUAUGACUGCUGAAUUGUCCAUAAUCAUAACAUAUAUUUUAUCCUCCACCUCUGUGUUUCUUUAGCCUGGUUCUAGAUCAAAAUUGGCAAGACAGGAUAGGGGUUUCUUCAGUAUUGUCCAUGUAGGGUAGCCUAGUGGUUAGAGCGUUGGACUAGUAACCGGAAGGUUACGAGCUGACAAAGUACAAAUCUGUUGUUCUGCCCCUGAACAGGCAGUUAACCCAUUGUUCCUAGGCCGUCAUUGAAAAUAAACAUUUGUUCUUAACUGACUUGCCUAGUUAAAUAAAGGUCAAAUAAAAUAAAUAACCAAUGGGUGGUUUGUUGAUGAAUGGUCCUCUACUGUGUUGUGUCUUCUACACUGCAGCCACUUGAGGCUUGCUAGAGCAGAAGUUGGCAUUGUGAAACCUAUGUGUGUCAACUGGGCGUCAUUACUGGACAGUUAUUGCACAUUUCCAAGUUACUGCAACACAAUUCCAAGUUACUACAACACAUUUCCAAGUUACUGCAACACAAUUCCAAGUUACUACAACACAUUUCCAAGUUACUGCAACACAAUUCCAAGUUACUGCAACACAUUUCCAAAGUCUUUGUGUUUGACCUAAUACAAUGCUAUUUCUCUGUAAAUAAAUUAACCACAGACUUUCAGCAUGCUUCUAGAGAAGGUCGCUCAACAUGUACUGCACUGACACAACUGACUGUUGUUCUUGUCUAUUGAUGUACUGUAUUAUGUAAUUCUGUAUUAUGUUUCAUGUUUUGUGUGGACCCCAGGAAGAGUAGCUGCUGUUUUUGCAACAGCUAAUGGGGAUCCUAAUAAAAUACCAAAUACCCACUGGGCACAGACGUCAAUUCAAUGUCUAUUCCACAUUGGUUCAAUGUAAUUUCAUAAAAAUAAUAUGGAAACAAUGUUAAUUCAAGCAGUGUAUGCCUAAUGGGAAGCUACUGCCACACCUUUCCAAGUGACUGUUUCACAGUUCCAAGUGACUGUUUCACAGUUGCAAGUUACUGUUUCACAGUUCCAAGUGACUGUUUCACAGUUGCAAGUGACUGUUUCACAGUUCCAAGUGACUGUUUCACAGUUCCAAGUUACUGUAUUUUUCCUAGUUACAGUUCCAAGUUACUGUAUUUUUCCUAGUUACAGUUCCAAGUUACUGUAUUACUUUAUGUUUUACUCUGUUAUUGAAUAUGCAUUGAAAAGAAUGGGCAUCUUGUAGAAUGUACAAAUGGAUGUGUAUGGAGUGCAAUGAGACAGUAAAGCGAGUUCUUUAAUGAA